GCGACCAGCUCACAUUAUGUUGCGAAAUGUUGCUCCGUUUUACCUCUAUUUUUCCAGUUUAUAGCUUAUAUUUCUCCCGAUUAAUGCGCAUAGUUUAAGCUUAAACCAUCAGAGAGUCGUCUAGGCUGGGAUUUUGUGCCAAUUCGAGGCUUCAUCCAUCCGAAAGAAUGAAAUAAUGAAUCUGGACUCCCACUCGUUGGCCUUGUCUCAAGUCACGAACCUUGUGGGCAAUUUAUCGAAGAAAAGCUACAAGCAGAGUGUGGCAGAAAUAUCCCGUCUUGUCAGCCAGCAGGGGCCGGAGGGGGACAGGCAUCUAUUGCGUUGUCUCUUCUCUUAUGUUGACUUCAGCGGUGAUGGUAAAACUGCCGCCAAAGAAUUCCAUCAGCUGCAUAUUCAGUUACUGAUACAAGAAUGUACUACACUCUUUACCAAGCCUAAUUUUGUUUGUACUUUGUGCCACGCCCUUGAUAACCCCCUUCACCAACAGAAGAGUCUAAAGCCAUCCACUCAGCUCUUCUCCCAGAUCAGCAAAGUCUUGAAGCUGAGUCGAGUGCAGGAGGUAGUCCUAGGUCUAGCUCUCACGCACUCCUCCAAAGCAGACACCAGAUCUCAUGCUUUGCAGUUUGUUAAACACAAGCUGCCAGACUUAUUGCGGUCAUAUAUAGAUAGUGACAUCAGAAGCCCCCAAGAGGGCGGGCUUGCAGACGUAUCUGCAGAGGUCCUUCACCUUCUCCUUACGCACCUGUUACACAGCUCUAAGGAUCAGUUAGGUAUCGUAGCACCCCAACGAGAAGCAUUCCUCAAAACAAUCAAGAAAGACUUUCCUCCAGACCAGGUGCCUGUGGUUCUAGUGCCUCUGCUGUACAGCGACACACAGGACAUCGGGAUGGAUAGGAUUGUCAACGAUAAUACCAACCUACCCAAGGCAGUGAUGGACGGCUCCUUGGCGGACAUGAUGCAGGAGAUGGGCUACAGCUGCUGCGCCACCAUGGACGAGUGUCGUAAAUCUCUCCUCCAGUUCGGCACCACCAGCCUAUCUGCAUCGGCAGUGGCCAGAGUCAUCAGCAUGAUGGGCAGAACACACUCCACCCUCACAGAUAGCAUGCCCUUACAGUCUAUCACCGGCAGCAGCGUCUGGAGUGACGGCAAGGACAAAGCAGACCCCAACUCCCAGCCGAGCACCUGGAAUGUAGACGUCUUUGUCGAGGUCAUCAAGGACCUGGCUCCCCAUCUCAACUUCAGGGAGGUGAUCCAUGAGCUGGAUAACCCGGGUUUCCUGCUGAACGAUGUACAGGGACUGCGCAUCGUCAAGAAUGCCUUCCUCCGGGGCCUGCCGGACGUCUUCCCCGUGGAGGUGCUGUACAGGGUCUGGAAGAACACAGACGGGCAGUUAUCAUGGAUCCAGCUGGCUCUAGCCAACCCUGAGGUCUUCUGCUUCGCUGACUAUCCUUGUCAUACUGUCGUCAUAGACAUCCUAAAGGCGCCCCCGGAGGAAGAUAACAGAGAGGUGGCCACAUGGAAGUCACUGGAUCUUGUUGAGACCCUUCUGAAGCUGGCUGAGGCUGGCAAGUACGACCAAGUCAAGAGUCUGUUUGGGUUCCCCAUUAAACAUUGUCCAGAUAUGCUGCUUCUAGCUCUACUUCAAGUUCAGCCCAUCUGGACUCCUCUACGUCAUGAGCUCAUCUCAACAUUGAUGCCGAUCUUCCUGGGAAAUCAUCCUAACUCUGCCAUCGUGUUGCACUACGCAUGGCAUGGACAGGGUCAGUCGCCAACCAUCCGUCAGAUCGUGAUGCACUCGAUGGCAGAGUGGUACAUGCGCGGAGAGAACGAUCAGACACGACUGUCUCGCAUCCUGGACGUAGCCCAGGACCUGAAGGCCCUCUCAAUGCUCCUCAACGCCACACCGUUUGCCUUUGUCAUCGACCUGGCUUGCCUUGCAUCAAGGCGAGAGUAUCUCAAACUGGAUAAGUGGAUGACUGAUAAGAUUAGGGAACAUGGGGAGCCGUUUGUUCAGACGUGUGUUACAUUCCUGAAGCGUCGUGCCCCUCAGGUGAUCGGUGGCCUUGAGCCUCAACCAAAGGAACUACCUGGGGGAGGGAAGACGGGUGUGUUGCCCCCUGAGACCAUCGGGACCAUGCUGGCGUGUCUUCAGGCAUGUGCAAGUUCAGUAGCGCCUGAGUUAGCAGAGACCAUCAUGACGAUGGUGGCUAAUUGUUCCAGUCUACUCAAGUCCAGACCCCCACCAGGUGUCAUCAAAUCCCAGGUGGGGAUAUCGUCACUGUCGCCUGGCAUCGGACCACAGAUGGAGGGAAUAAGUGGAAUGUCUGGUCUGGGCAACACAACUCCAUCCAAUCCUGGGAUUCACAACUUCCCAAACAACCCACUCAGCUCUGCUUUUGGGAACAUCCAGUCAUCUGCUGCGGCAGCAAGCCAGAAACCCUUCCCUCCUCUAGGGGCUACCACGAUGAGUGGCAGCUCCCUGGGUGGUGGUUCCUUAGUCGGCGGUGGAUCCUUAGGAACUGGGAGUUUAGGAACGAGCGGAUUAGGGGGAGGUGGACUCGGAUCAGGCCUCGGAUCAGGCCUCGGAUCGUCGGCAUUCGGCGGCGGUCUCGGCGGAGGCUCAGGAAGUAGCCUCGCAGGUGGAUUCGGAAGCAGCUCCAGCAGCGGGUUCGGUACCGGCAACGGAAGCGCACUCGGAGGUGGGUUCGGAGGAAGCUCAGCAGCUGCAUUUGGAUCAGGAUCAGGCUCCAGUCUAGGAGGAGGGUUCGGCAGCAGCUUAGGAGGUGGUCUAGGCGGCGGACUCGGAGGCGGAUUGGGUACUGGGGGAUUAGGAGGAGGGCUCGGUGGGGGGCUAGGAGGUGGAUUCGGGAGCAGUCUUGGAGGAGGUCUUGGAGGUGGACUUGGAGGUGGACUAGGAGGUGGUUUGGGAGGUGGCCUCGGUGGAGGUUUAGGAGGCGGUCUCGCCAGCUUGACUGGAGGCGCUAACCUUCAGUCUAACCCACAUGAGCUCCGAGGGAGUAGUGCCUUGCCUCCAGUGGGUGGCGACCCUUUCAACAGGCAGCCAGUUGGCAGUACUCCUGGUAGCGGGUUCGGGAACCAGACCCAGCCGGCAAUCAACCAGCCAGCGAAGAGCAACACUGGAGCCAUCAAACCAAGUGAUAUUUCUAACAUCUGGCCAGAGUUGAGUCAAACAUUUCCGCCAGAGAUUGAUGAGGAAGCCAACGGGUACUUCCAACAGAUCUACAACCAGCCGCCGAACCCCGUCAUGUCGGUGGAUGAGGUCCUUCAGAUGCUCAAACAAUUCAAAGACUCGCAGGUCAAAAAGGAAAGGGAGGUGUUUAUGUGUAUGCUGAGGAAUCUUUUUGAGGAGUACAAGUUCUUCCCUCAGUAUCCAGAGAGGGAACUUCUCAUCACAGCCUGUCUGUUUGGCGGCAUCAUAGAGCAAGGACUUGUCACGUACAUGGCACUUGGGAUCGCCCUCCGCUACGUUCUGGAGGCGCUGCGGAAGCCUUUCGGCAGUAAGAUGUACUACUUUGGAAUCGCAGCCUUGGAUAAGUUCAAGACGCGUCUGAAGGACUAUCCCCAGUACUGCCAGCACCUGUCGGCCAUUCAACACUUUAACGAGUUCCCACAGCUUCUGACAGAGUAUGUCCAGUUUGGGGUGAUGUCAAGGGAGCCACCGCAGCGUGUCCCUACACCAUCCAGUACUGUCAUCACUGCAGCUUCGUCGACGACAGCAACAGAGGUGACUACACCUGUGUCCGCUGUCAAUGCACCCGCUACGUCAGCCACGACAACGUCCACAGCGACGAUUACUAAACCCUUAACCAAGGGUGGUACACAAGCUCCGUCUAUUGCAAACACAACUAACAUCGACACCCUGCUGGUGGCCACACCCAAAGAUGAAGUCAUCAACGAGCCACCGGAAGCGAUUCAAGACAAGGUGGCGUUCAUCUUCAACAAUCUCUCACAGUCCAAUCAGCCUCAGAAGUGUGAGGAGCUGAGGGAACUGAUGUCUGAUGAAUACCUAGACUGGCUGUCUCAGUACAUGGUGAUGAAGAGGGCCAGCAUCGAGAUGAACUUCCAUCCGCUCUACUCCAACUUUGUGGACCAGAUCAAGAAGGGACAACUGAACGAUCUCCUGGUCAAGGAGACACUGAGAAAUAUUGAGGUUUUACUGAGCUCGGACAAAAGUGACGCCAACUUCUCGGAUCGGACUCUUCUCAAGAAUCUGGGUCACUGGUUGGGAAUGCUGACAUUGGCAAAGAACAAACCUAUCCUACAAAUUGAUCUCGACAUGAAGUCCCUGAUCCUUGAGGCGUACCACCUUGGCCAGCAGGAGCUUCUCUACGUUGUCCCCUUCGUUGCCAAGGUGAUGGAAUCUUGCAGCAAGAGCCGCGUCUUCAAGCCACCCAACCCGUGGACGAUGGCCAUCAUGGGAGUACUGGUCGAGCUCCACCAGGAGCCCAAUCUCAAACUCAAUCUCAAGUUUGAGGUGGAAGUGCUGUGCAAGAACAUGGGGCUGGAACCCAAAGAUGUAAAGACCUACAACUACCUAACGGAUUCCUCACAGCUCCGCCAUCUCCACGAGAAACUUACCGGCGCCAAGAAGGCCGGCGAGGAGCAGCCGUUAACCCAGCCACCAAUGCAACAACAACAACAACAACAACAGCAGCCCAGUGUCCAGCCGAACACCAGCACUCCGAUACCCAGCAGUACCGCGGGUUCUAUGGCAUCUCUGGUGACGGAUACCAUGCCCACGCCGACGCUGUCUACCGUGACGACACCUGCAGUUGCUCCGACGGCAGGUGGCGCCCCGGCGGCGCAGCAGUCCGCUGCGCCCAUACCGCAGUUCAGCUUCCAUGAUCUGAACACGUCCUCACUUGCUGGUCUGGCUCCUCAUAUUGCCAUCAAUGCACAAAUUCCACUAUUCCAGCAGCAUCCACAGCUUCGUAGCUGUGUACGACCCAUGCUGGAAAGAGCAGUGCAGGAACUAGUCCAUCCCGUUGUGGAUAGAUCAAUCAAGAUUGCUCUGACUACGUGUGAACAGAUCGUCAGAAAGGAUUUUGCGUUGGACCCCGAGGAGAAUCGCAUGCGCAUCGCUGCGCAUCACAUGGUGCGUAACCUGACAGCGGGUAUGGCUAUGAUCACAUGCCGUGAGCCUCUACUAACAAGCAUCAGCAAUAUGUUCAAGUCGGCGUGCAUCACUGCACUCAAGGGAGGCACCCCACAGACUAAGGAGUUGAUUGACCAAGCAGCCAACGUGGUAGCUACAGAGAAUGUGGAGCUCGCUUGUUGUUUCAUCCAGAAAUGUGCCGUGGAGAAAGCCAUCCCAGAGAUGGACAGGCGUCUUGCAACGGAAAUUGAACUGCGCAAGCACGCUCGCAAUGAGAACCGACGCUAUUGUGACCCGGUUGUCCUGACAUACCAGGCAGAGAGAAUGCCGGAACAGAUCAGACUGAAGGUUGGCGGUGUUCCAGCUGGCCAGAUAGCUGUAUAUGAAGAGUUUGCCCGCAGUAUCCCCGGCUUCCAGCCGACACUAGAGGCUAGCCAGCCCCCAGGAUUCCUGGUCAAACCCAUGCAGCAAUCGUACGCCACGGACGAAAUCACCCAGAUUUACGACAAGUGUGUCUCUGAGAUCGAGCAGCACCUCCACGCUCUGAUCCAGUCCUCCGCCCAGAAUCAACACAUGCAGGUCUUACACACACUGCUGGAGGCGGUGGUGCUAGCCAGAAACUCCAGGGAGAUAGUCACGGCUCUCGCACUCCUGCAAAAGGCCGUUGAGGGCAUCCUUGAAGGCUACACGCCACAGACCAUGGAUCCUGAGCUGGCUCUACGCUACAGAGACUGUCACAUCUUGGUUCUGAAAUCGCUACAAGACCAACGGGCUUACGGCCCUCAGUGGACCAACAAACAGGUUACCAGAGUUGUUUGCGAGACACGCGGUGACCACAAGUACAACUUGGACGCUGUAGAGCAGCUGUUCAGGGCUCACCUCAUUAAUAUGCAGACAUUUGAUAUGCAACUUGCACAGUCGAUGGAGAAUGGGCUGAACUACACCGCAGUAUCCUUUGCCAUGAACCUCGUCCGUCGCUACCUGAUCGAGGAGAAACAGAGUAACAUCCUGAACGAGGCGGACCUCUACAACACGCUGCACAUCCUAGCACGCAUCGCCAGUCAGACACCCAACCCACCAGAUGGUCUACAACACUUGAUCGAGGUCGUCCGUCAGAACCAUGACCCCGCCUUCCUGGACAAGGCCCCCGGUGGCCCCACCUCCAUGAUGCAUUCAGGCAUCUCACAGGCCAGGGAGUUUGACGACCCACCAGGCCUGCGAGAGAAGACCGAGUACCUGCUGAGGGAGUGGGUCAGCAUGUAUCACUCACCCGCCAGCGGCAAGGACAGCACCAAGGCUUUCUCUGCAUUUGUAAAUCAGAUGCACCAGCAGGGAAUCCUCAAGACAGAUGACCUCAUCACCCGAUUCUUCCGCAUCUGCACGGAGCUGUGCGUGGACCUCUGCUACAGGGCUCUCUCUGAGCAGGCCCACACCCCGACGCUGACAAGGGCAAAGUGUUUCCACACCCUGGACGCCUUCGUGCGGCUGAUCGCUCUCCUCGUCAAACACUCUGGAGACGCUAGUAAUGCAGUCACCAAGAUCAAUCUGCUGAACAAGGUCCUUGGCAUUGUAGCUGGGGUACUCCUUCAGGACCAUGAGGUACGCCAUACAGAGUUCCAGCAGUUGCCGUACCAUCGCAUCUUCAAUAUGCUCCUCCUGGAGCUCAACGCCCCGGAGCAGAUACUGGAAGCCAUCAACUACCAGAUCAUGACGGCCUUCUGCAAUGCCUUACAUGUGUUGAGGCCUUCCAAAGCCCCAGGGUUCGUAUACUCUUGGCUAGAGCUUAUCUCUCAUCGGAUCUUUAUCGCAAGGAUGCUGGCCAUGUUACCACAACAGAAGCAAGGAUGGCCAAUGUAUGCCCAGCUCCUGAUUGAUCUCUUUAAGUUUCUGGCUCCUUUCCUACGCAACGCUGAGCUGCCAAAGUACACAGCAUUGCUGUACAAGGGGUGUUUGCGUGUCCUGCUGGUGCUCCUGCACGACUUCCCGGAGUUCUUGUGCGACUACCACUACGGAUUCUGCGAUGUCAUCCCGCCCAACUGCAUCCAGAUGCGCAAUCUGAUCCUGAGCGCCUUCCCGCGCAACAUGCGUCUGCCGGACCCGUUCACCCCGAACCUGAAAGUGGACAUGCUGACGGAUAUCACUCAGCCGCCGCGCAUCAUGACGAACUUCUCGGCCAUGAUUCAACCAGCAACCUUCAAGAAGGAUCUUGACUCGUACCUGAAGACUCGUAGUCCGGUUACGUUCCUCUCGGAGCUACGCAGCCACUUACAGGUCUCCCAAGAGCCCGGCCAGCGCUACAACACUGCCCUCAUGAACGCGCUGGUGCUGUACGUCGGCUCUCAGGCCAUUGCGUACAUCCACAGCAAGGGAAGCACGCCCUCCAUGAGCACCAUAACGCAUUCCUCGCACAUGGACAUCUUCCAGAAUCUCGUGGUGGAUCUUGAUACGGAAGGUCGGUAUCUUUUCCUGAAUGCAAUUGCUAACCAGUUACGGUACCCCAACAGUCACACACACUACUUCAGCUGCACGCUACUUUAUCUCUUCGCUGAGGCAAACACAGAGGCAAUGCAGGAACAAAUCACAAGGGUUCUGCUGGAGAGAUUGAUCGUCAACAGACCGCACCCCUGGGGCCUUCUCAUCACCUUCAUUGACCUCAUCAGAAAUCCAAGCUUCAAGUUUUGGAAUCAUGAGUUUGUCCACUGUGCUCCAGAGAUUGAGAAAUUGUUUGAAUCUGUUGCCAGAAGCUGCAUGCAACAGAAGGGGCAAGCCCCGGCGAUGAACCGCGAGGCCGGGGAGGCACUGGACUGAUCGAAAUACCCCCCUCUACAGGCCAGAAGGCGCCUAGGAGGCACUCUGCUUUCUCAGGAGGUACAGGGAGAAUCGACCCCAUCUGUCUGCUUUCUUGGGAAGACGUGACUGCACCUUAAGUGACAUAGCACAAAGUACUGCCGCUGUGCAGCUGUACAAUAGAGGGCUAUAUCCACCCAGUGUAAAGACGUAUUUAAAAAGUGGGAUUUUUUGGGGUGGUGAAAAUUUGAAAAGUGUCUUGAUGGAUGGUGUAAAAUAUUAAGAAACCAAGUACGAGAAGAUGGAUUGAUCCAGAGAUGGGACAUCUGGAAGUGUGAUGAACUCUCUUCUGAAAACAAUUUGAAAAAGACUUUAUUUUUAUUUUUGGAGGCUUGCCCUUUUUUUUUUUUUCAGCCUUUGUUUACUUGCAAAGACUUUCUUUUUGCGUUGGAGUGGCGGUGUGAAGUUACACCCCAAACUAGUUUGUUUGUUAAGAUGAUCUUCCUGUCAAGGGGAAAACCGGCAAGCCCCAACAAGGGGAUAUCAACACCUCGCUGGCAACAGCCAAUCUCUCUCAAACAAACGUCUAUGAUUAUGAAUUGCACAAAUCAAGAAAUUGUGAUUCAG